AUGACGCUCCAAUACAUCCCAGCUAGAGACUCGCGGCAUCGUACAGCAUGUUUCGCACUCUACAAAGCCCUGCUCAAGCAGGUUCCGGCUAUUGUACUUCCGGCGCAAGGCACCUCCCUCCCAGGUGACCGCGUGAACCCGGUCAGGCACUUGAUCCGCAAGAGUUUUCGUCGCAAUAAGAACGAGACCAGCCGCCGUCUCGUCGUCUCGUGCCUGUCCAAUGGCUACAAAUUCCUCCACCUCCUCAACGGCGCCAAGAUACCCGCAAGCCCCGAACACAAGACCGUCAUCGACCUGAUCGAGCGGAACACGUCUCGCCGCAAGCCCCCAACUCCACGCAAUGAGCCGACGCCGGAACCCCCUCGCAAACACCUUCUGACCCGGCACCCGAACCCAGCCUACGACCCGGACGAGUGGUUCGAGAUGAGCCGCGAGCCCCGAUUCUUCUACAGCCCGACGGACCGGCCGCGCCCCGCCGAGGAGCUGGGCGGCUCCGGUAUCCGCCGCGUCCCCUACGUGGUCUCCACCGCGACCCACGACCCGUUCCUGCGCAUCACCAAGCCCGAGCCCAUCAGCCUCAGCAUGGCGAUCAGGGGCCGGAUCAAGCAGAAGCAGCGCUGGGCCGACUUUCGUAUAGACUCAUUCGAGUACGGCGGCAAGCGAUUGGCGCAGCUCGAGGACCAGUGGGAAGAUCUCGUAGCCGGCGGUCCUGGCCUCGGUGCUGCUGCCGACGGCGGGGCGACGUAUGUCGAGACAAUCAUGCAGUCGCUCCGCUAUCUGAAGCGUGUCGAGGAACUGGAUUAUCUUGACAAGCUGCACAGGGCGGCGGCGCUGGACCAGAUUGAGAGCCAGGAAAGGAAGUUGGCUGAAGAGGAGGCGGCUGCUAGAGAGGAAGCUGCUCGCGAGAACGGCGCUACAGAGAACAACGCUAGAGAGGCCGCUGCUAUAGAUAAUGCUGCUGCAGAGAACGUUGCUAGAAAGAAGACGAUUAGGUGGAAGGCUACUAGAGGUAGGCAUGUACGAGAAGAGGAAGCUGCUAGACGGGAGAUCGAGGCUAUGAUGUCAGGGAAGGGGGAAAUAUAA